AUAAGCAGACGUAUAAAAUUACAUCGUCAAGAAUGGGCACAUUUUUAAGAAUUAUAAGAUCUACAAAAAUUUUGCUGGUUCUCAAGUUAUUUAUCCUGUUGUCAAUCCCACUGGUCUUAUCGGUCCCAAUAACCGGUUCAAACGACGUUGGAGAUGUUCCAUCCCCAAAAUUGGCAAGUCUAAAAUUUUACCUGGAUCAUCAAAAUGCAAUAACCCAAAAAACACGAACGGCCCGUCAGAGUAAUUACCCCCUCAUGAUUUAUGGAGGAUGCUAUCCCCCCGGUCUCGCUGGUGGGUGGGGGUGGGGACCCCAACCCCCAAAUUACCCUCCUUACAACCUGUUUCGAGCCCAUCAUCCGACUCCGGAUAACCAAUCUAGUAACGACUUCUGUGACAAUCAUCCCAAGGAGUGCUAACCACCUUGCCGACCUGGCUUUACGGGAUGAACACCUACUAGUUAAUCAUAACAAGAAUUGUACAGAGUUGUGUGUUUGUCACUAGUUGAACUUGGCGCUGGGAUAUCACAUUAUUCUAAACGGACUCAACUUACCCCAAACCCGUCUAGACGGGCCACUAAACUUGUAAUAAAUAAACCGUCGCAAACCGCAUGCGAAAGUUGCUUCAGUCUCACUUCACCCCAACCACCCAUCCGACAGUGCGGGAACACUUGACUUUACUGUGUUUCAUCUAUACAUUAACAAGCUUAGUAACCCGUCUAGACGGGUUUGGGGUAACUUAAGCCCGUCUGGGGUAAUGUGAUACCCCAGCACCAAGUUCAUGCUAACACACACUACCCAAUUCUUGCACAUAAUGCAAAAAUCGAUAAUCUCAUAAUGCCCCAUUCAUUGAAAGUCAAGUUGGGGCUCAUUUUUUUAAAUUUACAAUGACAUUGAGUUGUAUCUCAUUUUGCCCCAAGUUUAAACCAAGUUCCAGCGCACACGUUCAAAUUGGACAGACAAACACAGUGAGUCACGGCUAUUCUUAGUAUUGAUUUUUACUGAAAAUCUCAUUUUACCCCAACCACACCUCGUGGUUGGAUCCGAUCUACCCCAAAAGUUGAUAAGAUCCCCCUGGAGUCAUAACUCGAGUUCGUUUAUUUAGUUCCGUUCUCCCGUUAUACCGCUGACGGACAGACAGACAGAGCCUUCGCAUAAAGUACAUACCUAGGUAAAACUAUUAAGAACUAGGGCAGACGCCCGUCCAUCGACGGGCAAAAAGACCCAUUGUCCUAAGCAGAGAAUCGAAACAUUGAGGUUAAAGUUAGCCUAGUUUUUCUCGUAAAACCGUCUACAAAGAACCAGCUUUAUUAUGUAUAAAUAUCAAUAUUUUAAGAAACUUUUAUAAUCCAAAUUUUCAAAAUGUAGGGAAGCAAACGGAUUUGUUCAGUUCAGUACUUUUGUAUCCAUUCCGAGACGAGUUAUUUCUGCCAAUUUCCACAAUGUGAACUGCCCUGCAAUAAGAAGUGCAAAUAAAUAAUGCAAAUAGCUGUUAUUUGACUCUCAGCGAUUUCGAAUGGGAGCAAAUAACAAGUUCUGCAUUAAUUCAUCUGUCUAGGGUCAAGUUGUCUGCAUGCGUUUUCAAUGCAAACAAAUUAUGCAGGUGAUGACCAACUACUUAAAACAGGUUAAAUGUUCAUUGUCACUUCUGCACCGAUAAUUAUUACUUGAACAAACAUAUUAUUUCUGUGCCUGAUCGAGUUCUACAUAUUUUACCUUCUUACAUUCAUUUGUUAAAUAGUUCAAGAAAAUAAAUAUUAAUUCAGUGUUUAAUAAAUUAAUGAAUGACGAG